CGCGAUUUCCUGCAAACUAUUUCAAACGAUUAGUUACGUAACGGCAAAUGAUUUCAAUAUUGCUGUAAAACUGUGUAAAACUUUAAAAAUGUUGCAUGAAUCUGUUUUUUUUAUGGUGAGACCACAAGGAUAAUCUAAAACAUUCAUUUGUGAAGAGUGAUCUAGGGUAUGACAUAAGUGUUUUGUUUAAUUUAUAUCUUAAUAUUAUAUCUAUAUAAUUUAUAAGAUUAUUUUGCCUUUUCAUUAGCAGUCAGUACGAAGUCUGUCUAUUAGAUAUAUAACAUCUAAUAUAUUUUACAUAUAUCUAAUUAUAUGUAUAAUGAAAAUUAAAUGUUUUUUUUUCUUUAUCUUUUUUAUAAAGCUAACAUGUCGGGCCUUUAUUUUGAAAGGUCUCAGCCGGACGUGACGUUGCAGUAAUCGCUCUACUGUAAAUGUUCACGUCGCUUACAGUGAAGUAUUGGUCUUCAGGUUGAUUGACACCAGCAGCAGAUGCCACAUCAAAGAUGGGUGUCGACUCUUUAUUUUAAACCUUUGAAAGGCCAAAUACUUUUGCACUUACUUUCAAUAUGUUCAAAAUUGAACAUUAAUUAAUAUUUACCAUGUGAAAUCUACAGGUUACUUGCAUAUUACUUUUUAAUUUUAUAACAAUAAGAGAAUAUACCUGAAACAUUUAAGCAACCAAAAUCAUUAGACUUUCAAAAAUGUAUAUUAACUAAUACACCAAAUUAAAAUGCAGACAUUCUCAAAUUUAAAGCAAUUUACAGUAAAUUGUAUAUAUUAAUUCAUAUAUAUACUUGUUUGUUUAAAGGCACAAUGAUAGCUUAUAAAUCAACCUAGCUGGAGUUUGAAUAACCAUUGGGUUUCCAGUUCCAAGUUUAUACAACUUACCACUUUUCACAGGGCAGGUAUCAACCCAGCAAUGGAAGAUGACAUACAAGAGGAAGUUCUUUCACAGUUCAAAGAAAAGCGACUGGGCGGCUGGCAAAUCUUACAGAUGGCAGCGGGUACAGGUUUAGCCGCCUAUGCCGUCUGGGCAGGAAUUUUAAUGCCGGGCUUUCGCAGAGUGCCAUUAAAAUUACAAGUACCCUAUAUGCCAGCUAGCAGAUCUCAAGUAUGUAACGUUAUGACUUUGCUGAAAGGCAGAUCUGGAGCCAUAGCUGACCUGGGUUCAGGUGAUGGCAGAAUUGUAUUAGAAGCGUGCCGUCAGGGAUUUUCUCCAGCAGUCGGCUAUGAACUCAACCCCUGGCUUGCUCGACUUGCAUGUUUUCAUGCAUGGAGAGCUGGAUUUCAUAGAAGUGUUUCAUAUCGACGAGAAGACCUGUGGAAGGUUGAUCUUUCAACUUUUAAGAAUAUUACAGUAUUUUUGGCCCCUAGUGUGCUAAGUCUUUUACAAAAGAAGUUGCUGGCUGAACUUCCUGAAGAUGCUUUGAUUGUAGCGGGACGUUUCCCGUUCCCUGAUUGGACAGCGUGUAGGAUAGAGGGUGAGGGUGCGGACAGAGCAUGGGCAUAUCACAUACAAGAACUAAGACAACACUACCAACCAAAAAGCGAAAUAAUGUCUGACCAAACCAGCUAAUUAUUUAAAAAAAAAAAUUAUGUUUUAGCUUGACUUUAUUACGGUUUUACAUUAUUUAUAAAUUGUUUGCACAAGAUGUUUUUUAAAAUAUUUAACUUGCAUAACUAAUAUGUAAAUAUUUUCUAUGUAGGUUUUAUUUACUUUGUCUCAGUUACACAACACUGAACUUGACAAAAACAAAGCUGCUGUCUGUGUGAGUUCCUUAAAGUGUUUUAACCCAUCGGUAACUUCCUGUUUCUUAAUGUGACCUAGAUAAUGUUCAGUGCAAUCUUCAAGUUUUAGGUAUUUAUCUUUUGUAAACAAAGGAAAUAAAUAAUAUUUAUUGUCA